CAUCAGCUAGUAAUUUUAUAUUUUAAUUCUCCGUUCAAUUCAUAUAGGAACUUUUGGAGCCGUUUAAAUACAUCCAAAGAGUGGAAAAUAAUAGAUGCAAAAAUUUAACGGUGGCGUUUAAUUACUGGCUAAGGAUACCAGCUGAUAAACUGCGUCAAAUCAAUGACGUAAUAAGCAUCGUCUACAACGUGUGCAUUUUAUUCGACGAUAUACAAGAUGGAUCUAUUUGGCGGGAUGGCAUUCCCGUUACCCAUUCCGUAUAUGGGCUUUGUGAUACAAUAAGUACCACAAAUUAUAUGCAGGCUAUUGCUUUAGAAAAAGCAAUUGAAUUACAUCCCGAAGCAGUUAAAAUCUUAACUGAAGAAUUAGUGGAAUUUAACAGAGGACAAAAAAAAGAUAUAUAUUGGAGAAACAAUUCAAUAUGUCCAACUGACGACCAGUAUGAAAAAAAUGCGAUAAGAAAGGCUGGCUGGCUGGUGAAGUUAAUCGUAAAAUUGAUGAAACUGUUUUCAUCUUGCGAUAAAGACUUUUCAUCGGUCUUAAAUUUAAUGGGCUAUUACCACCAGAUACAUAAUGACUAUUGUAAUCUGUGUGUUAGUAAGGACGAUAAAAAUUAUUGUGAUGACUUGACAGAAGGGAAAUUCAGUUUCCCUAUUAUACAUGCGAUUAAACACGAUGAUGACCGGCAAAUAAGAAAUAUUCUAAAACAACGAACUACGGACAUCAAUCUUAAAAAUCAUUUUGUGGAGUUGUUAGAGAAACUAGGUUCUUUUAAAUACACAAGAAAUGUAUUAAAAGAACUGAACAAAAAAAUUAAAAUUGAAAUUGAACGUUUAGGAGGCAAUCCGGCAUUUAUAAAUAUGCUGGAGAAAUAUGAGAACGAGGUGCUGUGCCACGGUAUUAAAGGAAGACGUUCAGAAGACCUCCAGAGAAGCGUUCAAGAUAUCGGAAAUUAUUUAUUAUAUAUAACAAUAUUGAUAUUUAGUGUUAUAGUUUGUUUUAUAAUUAAUAAUGUGUUAUAUUAG